UGUCUCCUGCCCUCCUAGAGCAGAGCUAGGAAGUGGGGGAUUGCUCAGGGAGUGUGAGGGUAGAGCUUUGACCCUCCCUCUGGUUCUCUAAGUCUCCUCCUAGUAGUGGUUUGCUUCCUGGAUUUACUUAGAUUUUCUAACUCAUUCUCUGUUGCUGUAAAAACAAGGCUAAGCAGAUUAUGUUGAAAGCCACUGAAACUGGAGGAAACUAGUCAUGAAAACACUAUCAGCUGAUAGAUCAUUUCCUGAUUAUGCCUCUUAACUGCUAGUGCUUUUUCCAAACUAGUGUGAGUCUUCAGGGGCUGACUAGGACACAGAGCUCUUUCAGUCAUGCUUGAGGGUGCUGAGCUGUACUUUAACGUGGACCAUGGCUACCUGGAAGGCCUGGUGCGAGGGUGCAAAGCCAGCCUCCUCACCCAGCAGGACUACAUCAACCUGGUCCAAUGCGAGACCCUGGAAGACCUGAAAAUUCAUCUCCAAACCACCGAUUAUGGCAACUUCUUGGCUAACCAAACAAAUCCUCUUACUGUAUCCAAAAUUGACACGGAAAUGAGGAAAAAGCUUUGCAGAGAAUUUGAAUAUUUCCGGAAUCAUUCCCUGGAGCCCCUGAGCACAUUUCUUACCUACAUGACGUGCAGUUACAUGAUAGACAAUGUGAUUCUACUGAUGAAUGGUGCAUUGCAAAAAAAAUCUGUGAAAGAAAUUCUGGUGAAAUGCCACCCAUUGGGCCGGUUCACAGAAAUGGAAGCCGUCAACAUUGCAGAGACACCCUCUGAUCUCUUCAAUGCUGUUCUGGUUGAAACACCAUUAGCUCCAUUCUUUCAAGAUUGUAUGUCUGAGAAUAUUCUAGAUGAGCUGAAUAUUGAAAUACUACGAAAUAAACUGUACAAGUCUUACCUCGAGGCAUUCUAUAAAUUCUGCAAGAAUCAUGGUGAUGUCACAGCAGAAAUCAUGUGUCCCAUUCUUGAGUUUGAGGCCGACAGACGUGCUUUUACCAUCACUCUUAAUUCCUUUGGCACUGACUUGAGCAAAGAUGACCGGGAGACCCUCUACCCAACGUGUGGCAAGCUCAAUCCAGAGGGCUUACGCCUAUUGGCCCAAGCAGAAGACUUCGAGCAGAUGAAGAGAGUAGCAGAUCAUUAUGGAGUAUACAAGCCUUUGUUCGAGGCUGUAAGUGAAGGCAAUGGGGGAAAGACUUUGGAGGAUGUGUUUUAUGAACGUGAGGUACAAAUGAAUGUACUGGCAUUCAACAGGCAAUUCCACUAUGGUGUCUUUUAUGCAUACACAAAGCUGAAGGAGCAAGAAAUAAGAAAUAUCGUGUGGAUAGCAGAAUGCAUCUCCCAAAGACAUCGAACUAAAAUUAAUAGUUAUAUUCCAAUCUUGUAACAGAAUAGUGGGCCUCAAGUGCAGAAAGCCAUAAAUGUUGAGGAAAUUAUUAAGGAAAAUAAAAGGAAUUGUUUCUAUCCCUUAGGCAACGUAAUAGCAAGCCACACUACAUCCUCAUGACCUCCAGACUCACUGCACACACAGUAAACCAACCCUCAAACAAAGCAUUUCUUGUUUUUAGCAGCCUUAAGUCUUAUUUCUAUACAUAUGUCUCAAUCUUCACUGGGCCUUAGACAUUGAUUUUAAUGAAUCCUAUAGUGCUUUUCCAACGUUUGUUUGAUUGCAUUAAAAAUCAUAUCUAAGAACAGUUGCUUUGUUCUUAUUUUUUUCAUGUUUUCCAUAAACCCAAAGAUUGUCUGCUUUACUUUGUAACUUUUCUUCUACAGUUCCACAAGAAUCUAGAGUCAUAUGUAACCAACACAGACCACACGUAAUGAGACAUAUUGUAUUUUUUUCCCCAAUAUCCUUUGAUCUAGGAGACAAAGCCACACUAUUCGUAUCAUAUUUCCUAGAUGUGGAUAAGAGUUAAAUUUGUUUUUAAAGUUACUACUUAUUCUUUUUGUGUGUUUGACUUCUUUUAUUUUUAUUUAGUUUAUUUUUUUCUAUCUACCACCUUUUUUAAAUUUUUUUUUGUUUUUUACAUCAUUGCUUAUUUUCAAACAACAUUUGCUUACCCCCACCCCCUCAGGUGUAGUCCCCAUAGAGUUUCCUUCACCAGUGCACCCGUGCACCAUCACCUCAGUCCCCUGUGCUCCUCCCUCCCUCCCUCUGAUCCCUCUCCCUCCUCCUCCCCUGCAGGAUGUCUCUGAUUUAUAAUUGUCUGUUUUUGCUUUGUUGUGUUUUGUACUGUUAUUUUUUUUUACACUGAUGUCUUAUUUGGUUUCCCUAUAUUCCUGCUAUAAGUGAAACCAUCCAGUAUUUUUCUUUUUCCUUCUGGCUUAUUUCACUGAGCAUGAUUCCUUCUAGUUCCAUCCAUGUUGCUGCGAAUAGCAUGAGUUUAUCUUUUUCGAUUGCUGAAAAAUAUUCCAUUGUGUAUAUAUGCCACAUCUUCUUGAUCCAGUCAUCUAUUUUUUGGCAUUUGGGUUGUUUCCAGGUUUUGCCUAUUGUAAAUAGUGCUGCAGUAAACAUAGGGUAGGGAUACAGGUGUUCUUUUGAAUCAGUGUUUUUGUGUCUUUUGGGUAGAUACCUAAUAGUGGAAUUGCUGGGUCAUAUGGUA